AUGAGGAAUAAGAAACAUUUAAGAUUUACAUCACCAUUACGAACUCAUAAUUUUAAUUUACAAAAUUUACAAACAUUACAUUGGAUUAAUCAAUUCAUACAACGUCAUCGUUUCCCUACUCACAAUACUUAUUGUUUAAAUCAUAAACGAACAUAUUCAAAUGAUCCUCAUUUGUUAUUUUUACAGAAUGAUUUAUUUAAAUUGUUAAAAGGUAAACGUAGAAUGAUGAUCAAUCAUGAUGAUGUUUUAGUUGAUCAAUUAUUAAGGAGUGAAAUCACAAAGUUACGAGGUUGGAGACCACAACGAUAUGGAUAA